CCAGAAUGACCUCGCCCCACCCCUUCUUCCACAGCCGCAGCACGUCAAGACCAGGAAGACUCUGACCUACCCAUUGCCCAGCUCCCUGCCACAGGAAGGAGGAACCAGAAGCCCAGAGAGGGGAGGAUGCCCUCCCAAGGUCACACAAGACGCCAAGAACCAGAUCAGCUGCCCAGACCAGAGCUCCAGGAACUAGGUCCCCUCAAUGGGGACGCAGCCACAACUGUCCAGCUCUGUGCAUCCGAGGAGGCUGAGCAGCGCCGGAAGGAUAUAACCAGGAUUCUCCAGGAGCAUGAAGAGGACAAGAAGAAAUGGGCACAACAGGUGAAGAAGGAGAGGGAGCUAGAACUUCAAGAGAAACUGGAGGAGCAGCGAAGGGUCCUGGAGGGAGAGCAUGAAGCAGCCCUGCAAGCCCUCCGUGACUCAUUUGAGCAAGAGAAAGAAGCCCUUACCCACUCCUUCCAGGAGGCCAAGGAGGCCCUGCAGGAGACCGUAGAUGCGCUGACCUCUCAGCUGGAGGACUUCCGGGACAAGAUGAAGAGGGUAGAGGAGUCCAUUCUCAGCCGAGACUAUAAGAAGCACAUCCAGGAUUACGGGAGCCCCAGUCAGUUCUGGGAGCAGGAGCUGGAGAGCUUGCACUUUGUCAUCGAGAUGAAGAAUGAGCGUAUUCAUGAGCUGGACAAGCGGCUGAUCCUCAUGGAGACAGUGAAAGAAAAAAACCUGCUGCUAGAGGAGAAGAUCUCCACCCUCCAACAGGAGAAUGAGGACCUCCUCGUCCGAGGCCGCAACCAGGCGGUUGUGUCAAGGCAGCUCUCAGAGGACCUGCUUCUCGCCCACGAGGCCCUGGAGAAGGAGUUGCAGUUAAGGCGACAGCUCCAGCAGGAGAAGGAGGAGCUGCUGUACCGGGUCCUUGGGGCUGAUGCCUCCCCCGCCUACCCCCUGGCUUCCGUCACCCCCACGGAGGUCUCCUUCCUGGCCACAUAGCCUCCGGGCCGGAGCAGCCACGACACCUGUGGUCACAGCUCCCUGUCCGGGACUUUCCAGGGAAGACAGCGGGAGCCUCUCGUUCAGUUCCCAGGAGGGGACGUGGGCGGGAGUGCAGCGGGAGCCCGGGUGUGUGCCCGGUGAGCCCCGGGGGCUUGGGCCGCGUAGUCACCCAUGGGGCUUCAGAGGCCCCUGGAAGCCUUCCACUGAGUUGGCCCAGGGAACGAGCAAGAGGAGGCCUUUCCUCCCUCCCCUCUCUGUUCAAGUCAGGGAGUUCUGAGGCUUUGUCCGGGCAGCCUGUGCCGCUUUGAUGUGAGACCAAGGGGGCACGACCUCCUGGUCCUAACUCGGUCAGCUUGGCUGCCAGCUCAUCAGCUUGCCCCCCAGAUGACCCCGCUUGUGCCCUGGCCUUCCCUCAGCCUCAGUUUACUCCUCCUCCAAAACGGUCGGGGAGACAGAACAAAUGACUCCUGCGUCACUACAGUGUCCCAGGAAGAAGGGGGCCAAAUCCUGUGGGUCAACUAGGGGAAGUGAGUGGCCGGGAGGAGGUCACUGGAGGCCCCUGGGUCUGGCAGUGCCAGGGGCCAAGCCAGCCACAGCAGGGGCUGGGCAGGGCGUCGGACAGGCCACCGCUUCUGGUUUCAGAGUCUGGUCAACCCUGGGUUGAUGGCCAGAGCGCCUCCUCCUAGACCAGGCAAAGGUCACUCCUCGGCCCUCCAGGUCCCUCAGCCUCAGUGCCGCGUGGACACCGGGGCCCCCUGGUGGCUCUGAGUGCACUCCUCGGCCAAAGCUGGAACCUCACCUCUGUGCAGAUGAGGAAACCUAGGUGGGCAGUGGGACUCACAAGGCCAGGACUGGGACCUCAUCUGUCACCCAGGCGUCAUCUUGUGCUUUUUCUUUCUCCCCAGGCUCUGGGAAGAUCAGAUCUAUGACAAUCUUUCUCCUCCUUUCUCUCCCUACCUGGCCCCCACCCACUUCCGGUCUCUCCUGUGCUCCUACUCACACCUUAACUCCUCCCACCCCUGAUCCCAGGCCCCUAGAACCUGGCUCUCCGCCUCCCCACAGUGCAAAGGGGUGACUGGAGGAACUCACCACAGCAGGCCUGUCCAGCCCUGGCAUCUGUGGAUUUAGGAUUCUUCUCAGGAAGCUUCGGGUCAGCUGGAGGCCGUAACAACAGCCUUCCCUUGCAUAGAGCCUUCAGACACACCUCCCUCCUCUGAGCCGCAUAACUGCCUUCAUGUGGGUUCUUACCCCUCUUCAGCAUCAAAGCAGGCUGAGAUCAUAGGAGCCAAAGGGUCUUGCCCAAGGCCCCCAGCUCCAGCCCCGGCCCUGGGCGAGCACCUAGGAAAGGUUAGCCCACUGGAGCUAACGUUUCCUGCAUCGUCCCAGGCUGCCUUCUUCAUCCAUUUCUAGUUCUGGGCGUUGCCCAGGGCCUGGGGAACAUGGGGCUGCUUCUCCGGAGAGGAGCAAACAGGGCAUCCAGGAGCCUGGGGGCAGCUCUGGAGUGAAUUUCACACACACCCUUCACCUGACUUUUCCCAAGGCCUGUCUGGGAUGCACUGGUUCAUUGGACAUUAAGAGGAGAAACCAAGAAAAGAAUUGGUGGCCAAGGAAUUUGAGAAACUCCAGGUUCAGUCCGAUUAAAUAGAUCUGCAAACUG